GUAGAAAGGACACGCCUAAUGGAAGCGCCCUAUAUUUGUUAAAUGCUGUGUUACCUUGACAUUGUACUAACCUGGAGUAUUUUUUUCCGGCUUGUAACUCUGACGACACGGUUUCAUGAAAUAAAACGCGUUUAUAUAAGGGAGUGGCGGUCAUUACUGGUGAGCGGAACAAGGAUAUGGUGCACAGAAUCGCAACUCGAAGAUCAGCGCUCAAAGCAGCGAGUUUCAACAAAGUAAUUGUUGCUUUCACAAAUCCAUUAGCGGCAGGAUGGGGAAAAUAAAGACAUUAUCAUUAUUAUUUAUAGUUGCCACUGCUCUGGGAUCUAUAUUGUUGAUUCAGCAAAAAACCAAUAAAACUUCCUCGCAACCAGAACCUGCGGUUAUGUGCCAUGUUAUUUCACUGAAAGAAACCAUCACCCCAGUCCUGGGCACCAAACACUUUGUAGUAGCGGCCUACGCUGACAACAGAGACGGGAGGAGAAGGACACGUAUUAUUGGGAUCAUUAACAGAAACAGCGCAGAUAAACUGCAAUGUGUUUUCUGCUGUAGGAACAGAACUUUCUUCUAUACCACGGCAGAAGUCCAACAGCACAGUGACCACUUUGGGUUCCCAUACGUGACGACAGACUUGCUUUGUGAAACAGCUCCCGAGUGUAAAUCUUCACACGUGAUGGUUCAUGGACCCAGCCCGUCAGUGGAUAACGCGGCCCGUUUUCUAUCCAUUCAAAACACGCACCAACAAGAGGAACAAUUCCCUUACGAGUUUACUGUCUGCAUCUCCAAUCUGUUUGGGACUUAUAACAAUGUCCUGCAGUUCAUCCAGACCCUAGAAGUGUACAAGAUACUGGGGAUACAAAAGGUUAUGAUCUACAGGACCAACUGCAGCCAAACUUUAGACAAGGUUCUGAGCUACUACAAAGAGGAAGGGCUUGUGGAAAUAAUCCCCUGGCCAAUAACUACGGUCCUCAAUCCGUCCCAUGGGUGGAAUUACGCAGAGCACAAAGGAGAACUCCAUUACUACGGGCAGCUGACAACUCUGAACGACUGUAUCUACAGAAACAUGUACACAUCAAAGUACGUGCUCCUUAACGAUAUAGACGAAAUCAUAGCUCCCUACAAGCACAGAGACUUGCACCAGCUAAUGGAACAUCUCAGCUCGCAAAAUCCCAAAGCGGGCGUCUUUCUCAUCGAGAAUCAUAUCUACCCGAAAAACGUCUUCGACGAAAGCGGCCGGUUCAGCCACCAAGCGGAGUGGAAAAACGUGCCGGGGAUCAAUAUCUUCGAACACGUUCACCGGGAGCCCGACCGGAAAGAGGUUUACAACCCGACGAAAAUGAUUGUUAAUCCCAGGACGGUGGAGCAGACGUCGGUUCAUUCUGUUUUAAAACAUUACGGAGAGAUUUACCGAGUGCCUCCGGACGUUUCGAAGAUCGUCCACGUCCGAGUGCCAUUACAGGGUCAGCUAUCAAAAGAAGCCCUGAUCAGAGAUACCAAGCUGUGGGAAUACGCGGACCAGGUGGUGAAAAAUACCAACGAGGUCAUAAAACAGGUAAUAGAAAGCAAACCAGAGACAGCGGGUCCUUAACCGCCAGCAAUCCUGUACAUAACCCUUCAAACACAGCUCCAAACCAAGCCACUGGAAAAUAU